AUGGAUCAUUCGAUUCAUCACCUCAACCCGCUCGCCACAACAACCGUCCGAAUUGACCCUGACGCUAUCUGGGUGGGCCUUAACUCGGACACCGCGCUCAUCCCAGAUGCCGCCUUGGUCUUCAGGGAUUUACCAGAUCCCUGUUGGAGCGUGGACGACUUCUCGGACUCUGGACGCAUUCUACCCAUCGAUAACGCCAGAGACCCCGAUUGGUAUAGGGAAGACGAGCAAUGGGCAGCGUGGACGCCCACCGCUUUUCUCUCGAACCAAAGGCCCUGGUACGAUCAACUCGAGACGGCAGUUCCUGUGGAAGAGAGAUUAGGGGGAUGGUCGAUGGCAGAACACCAGCGUGAGGUCUGUAACACAGAUCUAAUCCGAACUCAGAGCUGUGUUCGAUUCAUUGUAGAAUUCAAUGAACGCUUCCCCCGCCGAGCAAAAGUGCCCGCCUUUUACCCAUCGGAUCGACUCGCAAAGGUCUACCCCACCACAAAGAUGGUACAAAUCAAUGCAGCGAAAGCGAAACGCUCCGUUCUCCACGCCCUCGCCUUUCUAUCAUGGUGGACGACGGUCAUGGCCGAUUGGGAAACGAACCUCACGGAUACCGUAGUCGAGAUCAUUACCUCACUCCUUUCCACGACCAAAGGGAAACGCGGCGUCAUCUGUGAUCUUGAAAGGGAUUGGUCAGUCAUAAACAUCCCACUGUACAUUCAAAACAACAUUCCAUUCUUUUAUUUGUGGACCUUUGAAGCCAAAGUCGACCAACGCUUCAGCCGCUUGAAUCCCACCCUCAAUCUCACUUACUGGGCAGUCAGGCAGGGCACAGCUCUAACGCUCGCGCCAGACAUUAACGAGGAGGACAUCAGUAAAAUCGCCCACCAAUCCACCAGGCUCGACCAUUUCUUCCAAGUGAUCUUUGGACAUCGUUCGGCUGGCGACGACAGGAUUAUUCCCACUUACUCCUUAUUCAUUAUCGACUUCGAAGGCUGGAAGCGCAGGCCCAUUUGUUAUGAUGAAGCCGUGUUAUCGACCCUUGUCAAGCUCUACCAUUACGUCAUUUUUGACGAAGGACGGAACGACAAAUACAAGACCGUCGUCUUUUGGAGAUGGAGGAAGCGCGAACCGAACGACGACUAUCUCAAGCGCCAAUACAAAGUCAGCCUACCUGGUGAGGACCAAGCUGGGACGAUCCGAGAGUUAUAUAAGUUCGACUAUGCUCCCAAGCCAGGCAUUUCUUACAAUAUCGAGACAGCUCUUAUUUCAGGACGGAAGAAGGCAGAUCCCGCCACACCCUCACUACUGCAAAGGAUGGACAUCCACGUCGCCACAGUCAACAAAACCCUGCAAGAACGCCUCACGGACGACUUACAGACGACGGACAUGCUGGUGGACGUAAGUAGCGACUCAACUGAUGACGGUUUCACUGGAUUUCCCGAGGUGCCCGACAUCCUUUACCAUCCGCGAGCGGUCAAUAGUCCUGCAGCUUGGAUUCGCCGCAACGAGGAGCUGUUAGUAAAAGCAAGGCGUCACACAGCGGAGCUUCGAGCAACCCGCGGAGAACACAUGUCCGCACUUCGUCGCUCCCAAUCCCCAACACGCCUUGCCGAUCCCUACUUUGCGCCUCACGAGAGGCCUGAAGUGAUGUUCAGACGCCUACUGAAAGACGAAUCUGCGAAGAUCACGUACACGGAAAGCACUUGGUGUGCCCCCCAUUAUGCAUGGAAUUCGGAUUUUUUGGAGGCCGCUUUCAUCUUCGUUCCAGACAUCAAGAGCGAAGCACGCAUGCGCUACUGGGCAAACUGUUGGGACAAGAUAGGGACUGCCCAGAGACUCCUCACCACCGCAAUAGAGCAUGGCCUCAGAUUCUACCUGGCUUUACCACCUGAUCGCGUUAGGCAAUUCCGCCCACUGGUCGUCGACAACCUUGACAGGAGCUCGGCGUCGUCAUUGUACGCCGCUGGUUUUCAGGAACAAACACUGUCCCCUGCAGACAACGCCGCCACCUUCUGCGCCUCAUAUUUAGCAAAGAUGAACGAUGUUUUGAGACGCCCCCACGCCCGAGCAUUUAUAGCCGAAGGGGGACAAAUCAGCUGGGUAGCUCGGCGUUGGACUGGUACGAGGCUCGUAGAGGAAUUCAUGUCAGGCCCCUCAAUCCAGGUCACCAUUCACAAUCGGGGAUUCUAUGACUCAGCUUCAGACAACUCAUCUUACGCAGCCCACGACAUCGUGUCGGAGCAGGAGAAGGAUCUCUUACUCGGCUAUUCUCCUGGAUCUAACGGCUGUCUGGGUCGUUGGCUUUUCCCCCCCAUGGACAUAUUCAACGACAACUUCGAAUUAUGGACGGGAGAGUGGAAUGCUGCACUCGACCACAUCUAUGGAAGGCUCGCAGACGACAUCACUCGCGGCCGUGCAAAACUUCGAACAAGAGAAAAGUGGAAAUGCUGGAUGAGAAACAAUGAACGGGGGCAACGACGCCCUAGCUACCUCCCUUCCUCAAGCGACUUCAACAACGUCAUGGAAGGCAUCACGCGCGCUGGCUUACAACCGACUUGGCACAAGAAACAACUUGACGAUAUUGAUUUUCCAGAACGUCGGAUGGAGUGA